UGGAGGAUAAAGUAUAUUUUUUUAGUUGUGACUUCAUCUAAAAUUGGGAACACAAAACCGGCGAUUUGUUAUUUAACAACCAAUGUAUAUGAUAUUUAGAUAAUUAAUUAAAAAAGUAAUCAAUAGCAACGGGGAUGUUGAUGACCAACCACCUUCCACGAUGGAAAUGUCUCCAUUCGUGUGUGAUGGCGACGUGGCUCGCAUUAUACGUUAAUGCGGUUGCAGAAGCGUCUCACAUAACGUGGACGGCCUGGUAUAACACGGACACGCCCACUUCCGGUGAUGAUGACGACGAGAGGGUCGACACAAUCCGCCGGCGCGGCUUGCAAAUCUGCGGCGGGUACUCUCCAAUCAACACCGAAUGUCGUGACGUUGACAAUCACACGUUGACGUUCGACGCUUUGUCCGUGCAGCUUGCAGGCGACAUCCUAGAUGAGCCAUGUACCACAGCCGGUAUCUUAUGUAGGGACUCCGACCAAAGUAAACCUCGCAAGUGUGCUAACUAUGCAAUCCGGUUCAUGUGCUCUUCUAUCCCGGACAGACACGCGCCCCCAAAUAUUGGCGUCAUAGGUAUUGCCGCUGGUCUCUCCGUUUUUGUCCCCAUCGCGUGCGUCGCCAUCUUUCACAUUUCGCGCGUCUGCCUUCGGCGGCGUCGGUCGGCGACGGAAGUACUGGUUUCCGGCAACAGCAGUAGUGGGUCUUGCGAUCAGGCAGAUCUACCUCCGUCGUAUUCGUUUCUGUUCGGAGACACGGUGAGGAGUAUAAGCGCAAUAGAAUUUCCAUCGCAGAACUCGGAUACUGGUCAAUCUAAUGCAAGUUUUAGUGCGUCCGUUACUCAUUUGUCAUCAGGAACAGAUUCUGAAGCAUACAGUAGCAUUCAACGCGGAGCAACUGUGCUAGGCAUACAUGCAAACCAGUCAGUUGUUUCCUUAUCGCCAGACGCACUUCCGGCUGGGCCAGCAGCCCCUGAACCGGGACCGAGAAGACAAUCCGAAGCGGGGCGCCCUCGGUUCCCCAAUAUGCACAUAUCAAUAUAUGAAAUAAUUUCUCGUCCAGAGUCGCGGGAAUCUCAUGACGUCACUCGGCCGCAAACGCCAGAUCUUAGCUACGCGCGCACUCCCCCGCCCGAUUAUAAAGACGCUGUGGUAAUUCUCGGCUCAGGGGAGAUAAAUACUAACUAUAUACUAGAUGCCAAGGAAAGGGAAGAGUUACAUUAAUCUGAUUCCAGUUAGUUGUGUUCAUAUUGUGUGUCUAAAUGAAUAAUCACUAAGUCAUUGUGCAAACCGUUUAUAAAGCGAGUUGCUGUUUAAGAGCUGUGUAUUUAUAUACCUGUUGUGUUAUGAGAGACGAUAUUUCUUAAAGGUAUGUUGUAAAGGUGAAUAAUUGGUUCAAUUACCGAGACACCCACUUUCGUGUGUGAAAUCUCUAUGCUCGCCCAUGACGAUCUUGUUAUGGUUCAGCUGUCACGUACAGUAGGUUUAUUUUGAUAAUUACCCUGUGACUGUAAGUGCAAUUUAUAAAAAUGAAAUCCUUGUUUAUAGUUCGUAUUUAUACAAAGACACACGUAUUAAUAGGUUGUGUGAAUGAUAAUAAAAUUAAUGCUAUUG